AUGGCUGGGACAAUCCAGUGCAAAGAUGGGCGGAUCACCGUCUUCAACAACCAAGGCGCUCUGGUGCUCGUGGACGGCGUGUCGCAGUACCUGCACCCCGCUUCGGGCACGAAGACGCCGGGGGUGCUGCCGCUGUGCCUGCGAGUCCCAGCGCCAGCCUCCAGGCAUGAGGUGGAUCUGGGUGCCUGGGCAUGCACCUCCGCGCAGCAGGCAUGGCUGGCUGCGGCGCGCUGCAAGUUGUGGUGGAUGACCCCGGAGUGGGGCAGCUUCAGUGACCCUAUCCCGACGGAGACGCAGAUGCUUUUGGUGCGUUUGGCCAUGGAGCCGGAGGAGCAAGGCACAUACGUCUUCAUUCUGCCCUUGGUGACAGAGCAUUUCCGGUCGAGCCUCUCCCCGAAAGGCAGCGCCAUCAUGUUUGCCGCAGAGACGGGUGAUGUGGAAACGCAGGCAUCUGAGGUGGAUCCGGCCUUGCUGCUGGUGGCAGGAGUUGAUCCCUUUGAGACGAUCCACCGCGGAUUCGCCGCUGCCGCAGAGUUGCCGGGCGUGAACUUCACCUUGCGUGGGCAGAAGCAAGUGCCCGCGAGCUUGCGGCUCUUUGGGUGGUGCACCUGGGACGCCUUCAUGAAUUUGGCGGAGUACCGGAGCAACGUGACGCCGGAAGGCAUCAUCCAGGGUGUGAAGGGCUUUGCCGCGGGAGGCGUUCCAGCACGGCGCAUCAUCAUUGACGACGGCUGGCAAACCACCGGGGUCGAUGCUCAGACAGAGCGUGAAGUGAUCUUGGACCGCACCACUUGUUCAGCUUGCGCAGGCUUCAAGACGGUCAGCGGAACCGAGGCAGAGAUUUUGAGCAACAAGCCGUGCACGGAGUCUCCUCAUCCCAUUCCUCGCCCAAGUGGACUGGCCCAUGUCCUCUUUGAGAGGCUCUCGGCCAUAGAGGGGGCCAGGACUGGGCGUUUGGCGUGCUACCAAGGGUUGACUCAAUGCUUGCCGAUGUAUCGCAAGACGGUUGCACAGGGCCCAGGGCAAGCGCCUGCGCUCGUCCAACCGAGCCUUCGAGCGUCCGGAGGGCAGCAUGAAGGGCCUGGUGGCGCAGCUCAAGGAGGUGCGGAGCGUCUGCUGGCACCAUUUGCUGGGGUGGUGCGGUUUGGAGCCACUCUCCGAUCAUUUUAA